CCACUCUCCUCAGUGCUAGUCAGCGAGAGCCACCAUCCAGCACCCAGUCAUCUACACAGGAGGAGCAGAGCAGAUCACAUUUCUUUGCAGGAGACUGAGAGACUUUUGUGCCUUCCUUUCAACAACUGGUGAUGUUCUGGAUAAAAAGAUACAUCAAGAUACAACUUGCACCAUGAGUUAAUCCCUCUGGGAGCCUGUAUCAUCCUGCUGAAUAUUUCUCACGGGUUCUAACCUGCAAUCAUGGAGAAGUGCUGGAGAUGGGGAAGUGCCGGAGGAUUCAGGAGUGUAAUGGGACUGAUGGGGGUGGAGCUCCUCGUCAUCUUUCAGUUAGUGCAUUCUCAGCCCACUUGUCCUGCGGCCCCGGCCCAAGAGAACCUCACCCAGCCUCAGUAUGAGGCCGCAACCCAAAAGGACCCCAGUGUGGGCUUCAUGGCCCCUUUUUCCCAGUCUUUCCUCAACACUGUCCAGCCUAAUCCCUUUCCUGCAGACUUGAUCCAGCAAAUAGUCCAGGGAGGAGGAAAUGUGAUCUCACUACAGGAACUCAUCAACAAAGUCUUGGUGUAUCAAGUGGGCUUUCUGGUUUGCAUAGCCAUUGGGAUUCUGUACAUCGUUUUGAUGCCCAUAAUCGGUUUAUUCCUGGCUUGCUGUCGCUGCUGUGGCAACUGUGGUGGGGAGAUGUACCAGAAGCAGACAUCCUCGAUUCACUGCCGCAGAAGAACUCUCUACGUUUUUGCGUGGGCAACCACCCUCAUCAUCCUUGCCGGGAACAUCUGCAUGUUCAGCAGCAACGCAGCGCUUAAAGUGAGCGUGGAGCGGAGUCCAGCCGAGCUCAAUCGGGCCAUAAGGAACAUCCAAACCUUUCUCAAGUCUGUGCCACAGCAAAUGGACAGUGUGCUGAAUGAGAGUUAUAAAACUAUUCAGGGGGUCAGCAACAACUUAGAUGAUAUCGGACCUCAGCUGGGAUCAGAAAUCCAGCAACGCUUCAACGGAACUCUGGAUUCGGCGCUGAAUUCAGUUAGACAUCUGGGUGAAGAGAAUUCAGACAUCGGUGUUCAGCUCAUCCAGCUCAACAUCUCUAUAAUCCAGCUGCAGUCCACCAUGGACCGUCUGCAGGCCAACAUCACAAAAGUUCAAAAACAAAUCGAUCAGACCUUGUCCAACCCAAACUGCACCAACUGCAGUGCAUUUUCUUCUGAAGUGCAGAAUCCGAAAUGGGACAGCUCUGUUACGAUUCCAAACUUGCAGGAAUUACGUUCCGCUGUGGAUGAAGCCAAAACUAAUCUACAGAACAAAAUCCAAGAGGGAGAAACAUAUUUUAAGAACAUCCCUGGUAAAGUGGCAAACGAUACCAAAGGUUUUGUUAAAGAUGGCAAAGUGUUGCUGGAUAACGUAAAGGCACAGAUUUCUCAGCUUUCCAUCCCUGAUUCGGCUUUAAGCCAAAUUUCAGUGACUCUGAAUGAGACGCAGACUCAGAUUAACACGUUCUCACCCACUGUGAAGUAUGCUGAGUAUAUCAGAUGGAGUGUGUGUACGGCCCUGUGCUGUGCGGUUCUCCUGGUAGUGGUGUGCAACUUCCUGGGUCUGAUCUUCGGCCCUCUGGGUCUGUCACCAAAGGUGGACCCCACGAUGCGCUCCGGCACAGCCAACUGUGGGGGCACCUUUCUCAUGAUGGGCGCGUGUUUCAGCUUCCUCUUCUCCUGGCUGUUGAUGAUCGUGGUUUUGCUGCUGUUUGUGCUCGGUGGAAACCUUUACACUCUUGUCUGCCGACCGUGGAACAACGGACAACUGCUGGAGUUCAUUAAUUCUUCACGUGUAUUUCCUGAACUGGACCUUGGCCCAGCUUUGGGACUAAAGGACAGCCUUGGUGUCUCUGAUAUCUAUCGUGACUGCAAUCAGAACAGGCCCCUAUGGACGACCCUUCAUCUGCACGAGGUGGUUGAUCUCGGAAACCUGCUAAACGUGUCCAAAUACACGACAGAGAUCCAACAGAAGUUUGACAACACCCACAUCAACAUGACCACGAUCAAUCUCCUAAGUCCUGAAAUCACAAGCCAACUUCGCAGCCUCUCCAAAAAGACCGUCAACACAACAACUUUGACACAGCAGAUGAACAACGUUUCCAGCAUCAACCUCAAUUCUACAGCAGAUGGAUUUAUGGGGUUAGCUGACAAUCAAAAAAAUAGAAACAUUCAAUCUGAGCUCAGAAAUGAAGCAAACCAACUGAAGCAGAUCCAGGCUGAUAUUGAAACAGUCCUCAUCCCACAAAUGAAAAACCUCAAUUCAACCCUCAGAAGUCUUCAGUCUUCUUUAGCCACAGUCAAUGGAACAGUGGAGGAGGUGCUAAGGAAAGUUGGAGCAGCACAAGACUUUCUCAACACCAAUGCAUCACAGAUAAUCAAGACCGAGAGCAGGAAGUUUCUGGACUGUCAGCUGAAUAUUUUCCUUCUUUAUGCAGACUGGGCCAACUUCACAAUAACGCGUCAGUUGGGUCGCUGUGGGCCGGUGGCAGGAGCUGUGGACUCUGCAGAGGUCAUCCUCUGUGCUUACGCGGUGGAGUCCCUGAAUGCAUUUUGGCUCAGUCUGGGCUGGUGCGUGAUCUUCUUCAUCCCCGGCAUCAUUUUUUCCAUCAAACUGGCAAAGUACUACAGAAAAAUGAAGGACUCUGACGUCUACGAUGAUCACAUAGUGAUGCACCAGAUCCCACGGGCCACGGCACGAUUUCUCCCAAGUGCUCAGCUUUCAAAAAAAGCCUGAAGACCCAAAAUGCUGCAUCACUGGACAACAUAACAGCACAUGUUGCUUUCAGAAACUGAUGUGGUACAUCUGUACUCUAGUGAAGCUGCCAAAAUUAUCUAUUUUUAAAUGAGUAUUUUUUUAAAUCUGGUCAACACCAUGAGAUGGAGAAGCAAAGCAACUCAAAAAGGGAUUCCAGUAUUCAUAUUUUGGGUGUGAGGGAACCUGCAGGGAUUUGUUUUCAUGCUUCAUGUCGCGUAAAUGCUCUGUAUGCAUUUGAUCAAUGAACAAACACUACUGGCUAGUCCUUUUUUAAAGGUUUAUUCUGUUUUCUAUAAACGCUGGCGUGCAUUUACCUCAGAAAUGUCUCUUUUCAAAAAUCACUGUGCUUUGCUAUCGCUGGGAGAAUAGCCUUUGAAUUUCUACCUUUACUUGCACUAAUUGGGAAAAUCACCAUUUUUCUUUUUCUUUGUUUGUUAAUGAACUCACAUUUUCCUUAUGGCUUGUUUUUUUGUUUGUGAACUUUAUAGUUAACACUCGAUUGUUUUAAAAUUAAGUCCUGUUUUUCAAAUUUGUUAUUGUAAAUUCUCAUUUAAUGUUUAUGAAGUGAUGGUUUUGUACUAUUUGUUAGGUUUUCUAUCACAACUUUUGCACUUUAUAUGGUCUGUUUGACCAGAUGGACAAUGAAGGGAUGCAAACAUUUAGGAUGUGUGUUCUAAAAAGAAUGGCUGAAUUAAAGAAAAAAGAAUAGUUGCAAACAUU